AUGUCGAGUUCGGAUAUCCUCAAAACCAUUCCUCUUCCAAGCAUUGAGCGGCCUUUUGGCGUGCAUCUAUGGCCUCUUUUCGACAAGGCUUUCACAUCCGUGAAGGGAUAUCAUCCCCAGGACUUUGAUUUCCAGCCACGGGAGACACCAAUGUCAACUUUGAAGGAGACUGGCAUUACGAUUCUUGCAUACUAUGUUAUAAUAUUGGGCGGGAGGGAAUUGAUGCGGAACAGACCCGCAUUCAAGUUGAAGAUUCCCUUCAUCAUUCACAACUUCUACCUUACAGCAAUCAGCGCUACUCUGCUGGCUCUGUUUGUUGAGCAAUUGGUGCCAACUUUGGCUCACCAUGGUCUCUUUUAUACCAUCUGCGAUGUUAAGGGAGGAUGGACACCACCUUUGGUUAUUCUGUACUAUCUCAACUACCUCACCAAGUACCUCGAAUUGAUUGAUACCGUGUUCCUCGUUUUGAAGAAGAAGCCAUUGACUUUCCUACACUGCUAUCACCACGGCGCCACUGCUCUUCUCUGCUACACUCAAUUGAUUGGUUUGACCUCAGUCUCAUGGGUUCCAAUCACAUUGAACUUGGGCGUUCACGUCGUUAUGUACUGGUACUACUUCCAAAGUGCACGAGGUAUCCGCAUCUGGUGGAAGCAAUGGAUCACCACCUUCCAAAUCGUCCAGUUUGUUAUUGAUCUGGUCUUCGUCUACUUCGCAUCCUACACCUACUUCACCUCUACCUACUUCCCAUGGAUGCCAAACGCUGGUAACUGCGCUGGUGAAGAGUUCGCUGCUUUUGCUGGUAUGGGAAUUAUCAGCUCUUACUUGGUUCUCUUCAUCUCGUUCUACUUUGCGACAUACAAGAAGGAUGGAAAACGCCCAACUGGUCGCAAAGCUGCUCGUUCAUUGAAGGAUGCUCAACUUCCAGAUGUUCACUCUCUCAUGAACCACGGCAAAGCUUCUCCAGCAAUCACAAACGGAGCUGCCACCAAUGGAUUCGCUUCCAGCACCGCAACUCCAAGCCGAGUCACUCGAUCCCGAAAGGCUUAA